AAGUACCGGUACCAGGAUGAGGAGACACCCCCCUUGGAGCACAGUCCAGCCCAUUUGGGUCAAGGGAAAAGCGCUGAGAUGCUUCACAUGAGCGAUAAGAACCUCGCCGCCAUGGAGGCAAUGCAUGGCUACACGCCACACACACAUAUCUCCCCUAUCAAGGUAGGACACACACACACACACACAGUAUCACUACACGCCACACACAUAUUGUACAUCUCCCUCAUCAAGGUAGGACAAACUCACGUAUGUUACAUACAGUGCAUCCGGAAAAUAUUCAGACCCCUUACCUUUUUCCACAUUUUGUUACGUUACAGCCUUAUUAUAAAAUUGAUUAAAUAAAUGUUUUUCCUCAUCAAUCUACACACAAUACCCCAUAAUGAUAAAGCGAAAACAGAUUUUUAUUUGCAUAAGUAUUCAGGCCCUUUGCAAUGAGCUCAGGUGCAUCCUGUUUCCAUUGAUCAUCCUUGAGAUGUUUCUACAACUUCAUUGGAGUCCACCUGUGGUAAAUUCAAUUGAUUGGACAUGAUUUGGAAAGGCACACACCUGUCUAUAUAAGGUCCCACAGUUGACAGUGCAUGUCAGAGCAAAAACCAAGCCAUGAGGUCGAAGGAAUUGUCGGUAGAGCUCCGAGACAGGAUUGUGUCGAGGCAUAGAUCUGGUGAAGGGUACCAAAACAUUUCUGCUUUAUUGAAGAUCCCCAAGAACACAAUGGCCUCCAUUAUUCUUAAAUGGAAGAAGUUUGGAACCACCAAGACUCUUCCUAGAGCUGGCCGCCUGGCCAAACUGAGCAGUCGGGGGAGAAGGGCCUUGAUCAGGGAGGUGACCAAGAACCUGAUGGUCACUCUGACAGAGCUCCAGAGUUCCUCUGUGGAGAUGGGAGAACCUUCCAGAAGGACAACCAUCUCUGCAGCACUCCACCAAUCAGGCCUUUAUGGUAGAGUAGCCAGACGGAAGCCACUCCUCAGUAAAAGGCACAUGACAGCCCGCUUGGAGUUUGCCAAAAGGCACCUAAAGGACUCUGACCAUGAGAAACAAGAUUCUCUGGUCUGAUGAAUCCAAGAUUGAACUCUUUGGCCUGAAUGCCAAGUGUCACGUCUGGAAGAAACCUGGCACCCUCCCUACGGUGAAGCAUGGUGGUGGCAGCAUCAUGCUGUGGGGAUGUUUUUCAGUGGCAAGGACUGGGAGACUAGUCAGGAUCAAGGGAAAGAUUAAUGGAGCAAAGUACAGAGAGAUCCUUGAUGAAAACCUGCUCCUGAGCACUCAAGACCUCAGACUGGGGCAAAGGUUCACCUUCCAACAGGACAACGACCUUAAGCACACAGCCAAGACAACGCAGAAGUGGCUUCGGGACAAGUCUCUGAAUGUCCUUGAGUGGCCCAGCCAGAGCCCGGAUUUGAACCCGAUCGAACAUCUCUGGAGAGACCUGAAAAUAGCUGUGCAGCGACGCUCCCCAUCCAACCUGACAGAGCUUGAGAGGAUCUGCAGAGAACAAUGGGAGAAACGCCCCAAAUAAAGGUGUGCCAAGCUUGUAGCGUCAUUCCCAAGAAGACUCAAGGCUGUAAUCACUGCCAAAGGUGCUUCAACAAAGUUCUGAGUAAAGGGUCUGAAUACUUAUGUAAAUUUAAUAUUUCCGUUUUUUUUGCAAAAAUGUAUUAAAACCUGUUUUUGCUUUGUCAUUAUUGUGUAUUUUGACAUUUUGAAAAAACAUUUUAAUCCAUUUUAGAAUAAGGCUGUUAACGUAACAAAAUGUAGAAAAGGUCAAGGGGUCUGAAUACUUUCCGAAUGCACUGUACCUCUGUCAGGUAGGACACACUCAUUAAUCACUGCACAUACAGCUCCCCCUUUAAAGAAGGACACACAGACAAUCACAAGCAAAUACAUCCACCCAUGCAUGGUACCACCCACACACAAACUCCUUCUAUCGCUCUACAUCUAUUUCUAUCUCUCUCUCUCAGUGCAUCCUCUUGGGAAACAUGCGUUCACAUUUGUCGUUGUCUCUGCAAUCAACAUUCACAGUUUGUCAGUGUGUCUCUCACUCAGUCUAUGUGUUGGGUUUCUUUUGUGUACUGUGACAUGAAUAAUAUGACCUGCCUUUUCCUGGACUUGUUCUGAUCCAUGUGGUUUCCCUGAUCCAGCAGGCUGUAGUCUAGAGUCAAGAAGCCUGAAAACGAUCCUAAAUCGUAUGACAUUUUUUGAAGGAAAAAUCAUUAUGACUUCACUGAGGACAUGUCUAUGAUGUGACAUUUGGAUCUUUGCAUUAUGACAUCAUCAAUCAUCAGUCCAGUUAAGUUGUCCUACUCUUGCUGCAGUGUCAACAGGACCUAAGGGGACUUGAUGUCUCUGUUUUCAGUUGUCUGUACAUGCUGCUCAUAUCAAAGGCCCCUCAGUGAGACUGUCUGGUCUGAUCUCCAGGAUUACCUGUUCCACUGAUCCCAAGUACAGAUAUAGUGUUCCCUGUUGGCUCUAUUUUAGUGUAGAUGAAGGUUAGAUUAGAUUAUCACUGAUUCGGGUUAGGGUAUUGCUUAAUUACAACAAUACAUACAUUUGAUCAUUAUCUCUAUGUUAUGACAAAGUGCAGGUCAAUCAAUCAAUCAAUUUUAUUUUAUAUAGCCCUUCUUACAUCAGCUAAUAUCUCGAAGUGCUGUACAGAAACCCAGCCUAAAACCCCAAACAGCUAGUAAUGCAGGUGUAGAAGCACGGUGGCUAGGAAAAACUCCCUAGAAAGGCAAAACCUAGGAAGAAACCUAGAGAGGAACCAGGCUAUGAGGGGUGGCCAGUCCUCUUCUGGCUGUGCCGGGUGGAGAUUAUAACAGAACCAUGCCAAGAUGUUCAAAAAUGUUCAUAAGUGACAAGCAUGGUCAAAUAAUAAUCAGGAAUAAAUCUCAGUUGGCUUUUCAUAGCCGAUCAUUAAGAGUUGAAAACAGCAGGUCUGGGACAGGUAGGGGUUCCAUAACCGCAGGCAGAACAGUUGAAACUGGAAUAGCAGCAAGGCCAGGCGGACUGGGGACAGCAAGGAGUCACCACGGCCGGUAGUCCCGACGUAUGGUCCUAGGGCUCAGGUCUCUCAGUUGGCUUUUCAUAGCCGAUCAUUAAGAGUUGAAAACAGCAGGUCUGGGACAGGUAGGGGUUUCGUAGCCGCAGGCAGAACAGUUGAAACUGGAAUAGCAGCAAGGCCAGGCGGACUGGGGACAGCAAGGUGUCAUCAUGCCCGGUAGUCCUGACGUAUGGUCCUAGGGCUCAGGUUCUCAGAGAGAAAGAGAGAACGAGAGAAUUAGAGAGAGCAUACUUAAAUUCACACAGGACACUGGAUAAGACAGGAGAUGCGCAGGUGCGAUGUUCAUCGUCUCUCACUACUUUGUUGGUUCCACUUUGAGAUGGAGUUAGAUCCAUUAUUAAGGUCUUAUGUGUGUCUGUUCACUCAGUUUGGAGGGUAUUAUUUGCCCCCUCAUGUGUUAAUUAAGAGGAACUGCAACUCUAUUUCUGCACUGGAGAAACUGGAUUCACUUCAUGUGAAAUGUUCUGUUUAUUGACAUCAAAAGCAUUUAUUCUGUACAAUAAUCAUUAGUGUUCGUCAAUGUUUAUUUAAAGUGGAUAGGUCUGGUCCUUGUUGCUGAUUGGACAAGGAGAGAUCAAGCUGUUAUACAGCUUAUAAUAUGGAACGUUCCACCCAAUGACAAGAAUAAUGAUGGUGGUGGUGCUGACUGCAGGUUUUUUGUGUUUUUAUUAUUAUUAUUAUUAUUAUUAUUAUAAUUUUUGGCCUGAUUACAUAUCCAGUUCAAUGUCUAGUUCCAUGUCCCCAUUUUUUAUUCUUGUCUCAUCCUCUGGCUUUCCCUCUCUUUCCUAACACUCAUCCUCUGGCUUUCCCUCUCUUUCCUAACACUCAUCCUCUGGCUUUCCCUCUCUUUCCUAACCCUGUUUGAACAAACAAUACUAACUACCUUCUAUUCCAGUUGAAUAGUUGGAUAAUCCUUCCUUUGUUUACUUUCUUCUUCUUCUUCUUCUUCUUCUUCUUCUUCUUCUUCUUCUUCUUCUUCUUCUUCUUCUUCUUCCUUUGUUUAUUUUCUUCUUCUUCUUCUUGUUCUUCUUCUUCCUCCUCUUCCUUUGUUUACUUUCUUCUUCUUCUUCUUCUUCUUCUUCAUCCUCCUCUUCCUCCUCUUGCACCUCUCUGUAUGAUUACCUGGUUAACACGCUGCAAUAUAACCUGUCAGUGUAUUACCCUGCUCUCCUGUUUUAACUCAACACUAUAUUAUAACACAACACCAGAUUAUAACACAACAAUAUAUUAUAACACAACACUAGAUUAUAACACAACACUAGAUUAUAACACAACACCAGAUUAUAACACAACACUAGAUUAUAACACAACACUAGAUUAUAACACAACAAUAGAUUAUAACGCAACACCAGAUUGUAACCCAAAACUAGAUUAUAACAUAACACUAGAUUAUAACACAACACUAGAUUAUAACACACCACUAGAUUAUAACACAACACUAGAUUAUAACACAACACCAGAUUACAACACAACACUAGAUUAUAACACAACACUAGAUUAUAACACAACACCCAUUUAUACUAUUUUAUCCCGACUUUCUUUGCCAUAAUAUUACCCCUUCCUCUCCGUGCACCCCAUUCCUUGUUUCUUAUUACCUCCCCAGUAGUUACCCCUCUUCUUAACUCCUCCACUCCAGUUACUCUCUCCCCUUUACCCCUCUCCUGCUCUGGUUACCCUUUACCCUCCUCUCUGUUGUUUUGCAGCCGGUGUUGAUGUCGUCAGGCCACACUCCUAUGUACACCUCUGCUGUUUCCACACUGGUAAGAGCGCAGAGCUGGGUUGUUGUCAUCACCAUCAUCACUGUGGCUUUCUUACAUCAUUAU